AUGGAGUGGCUGCGGAGGGCUCUUACCACCGAUCUGGUCGUGCCCGGCACGACUUUUGGAGCGCGGACUGUGGUUGUGGCGAUUCUUUUUACCAUCUUUGUCUCGCUGAUGUCCGCCUUCUUUCUGCUGACCUUCAAUCACUCAGGUUGGUUUGAGCUGAUGAUCCUCGUCGUGAUCUCCUUCUUUGUCUUGGCUGCAAUUUCUUGCGUGUACAAGGAUCCACGGGCCCUUUCUGCUGUGGACCCGAUGGAAGCGAAAUCGGAUGGAAAAGUCCUUUGGGCAGCUUGCACCUACGAGAUGUUGGAAUCAAGACUCGAGUUCCGCUAUUUCUGGGCGAAAGCCCACCAGCACUCCGAUCAGUGGGCUCGUUCGCCUCCAGUGAUCAUGCCGGCGGUCCAGGUGGUGCAGAGCAAGACCUGCCUCUGUUGUUUGGAGGAGCUGCAACCCAGGAGUCAAGUGGUCGUCCUCCCUUGCGGCCAUGUCUACCAUCAGGAAUGCAUUGCGUCCUGGUCCUUCUCUUCGUCUGCCGGAGCUGCCUCCUGCCCUUCCUGCCGGAUUCGCUACGACGGCGACAGCACCUGUCGGCCGCUCCACCCCUGA